UCGAGACGACAGAUGCGCCGAUCGCACCGCGGCUUUGCGGGAUGGGUGCUUGCCGUCCUCCUGGCUAUGAUCAUGCUUAGGGGGUCCAGUGCCCAUGAGCCUUCCACGUCGACUUGGACGCACGAGCAUGUGCAUGAAUUAUCGACGAUUGCACAAACGCGCGCGUCCGAGAUGGAGACGUCCAAAAAGCUGUGGAUCGUCCUGUAUGGAAAUCGAGACGACCCAAUUCUGUCCGUGUUGAACCAGGUCGGGGGCGAGUUGUCGUAUGCGGUGUCGUUUGCAUGGAUUUCUGCAGACGUUGCACAGUCGUUUGGGCUCCAAGCAGCAAAACCCCCGAUUUUAAUCACGUUUCGCGACGAGCCCAAGUGGAAUCCGUACCAAGAAAGAAUGUAUCGAACCCUCGAGCUCGUGCACCAGUUUCCAUCACAACUCGAUGCACGCGCGUUGAAAAAGAUUGUUCGAGACAAGGCACCGUCCGCGGUUCAGACGUCCUGGCCAGACAAAGAUGACGACGCUGCUUGGCUGCCCACGGCAGGUGCCGCCACUCCCUUCGCUUCGACGAGCAAUUCGCCGCCACGAGUUGUGCUUGUGACAAAGAAGUCCACCCCUUCAUUGCUAUACAAAUCCCUGUCGAUCGAGUUUCCAUCGCUGAAGUUCUUCUCGUUACCAGACUCUCCGGAAGUUCUCGAACAAUUUCACGUAUCGUCCGUGCCAUCGCUUCUCGUGGGCUUGUCGUUGUCUCAGCUUACCUCCUUCAAAGAGAGUGACGGAGACGUGACCAACUUUGACGACCUCUGCCAAUUUCUUCGCCCACACGUGCCUACGACAACCACCGACGUCCAGUCAACAUCUUCGUCGUUGUGGUUCACUCGCGACGACCUCGACGUGGCGAUCCGAAACUCGUCCCACGCAGCCUGGCUGGUUGUUGUCCAGUCUAAGACAUCCCCCAAUAUCGUCGAUCCGUCGAAUGACGAUUGGAAGCAAACCGUCAUCGACUUGCGCAGCAAGGUCGGCCUAGACUUGAUCCGCGUCGCCAUGGUGAAUGAUGCUUCCCCAACUGCGGCCGGAAUCUACUCUGUACGUUAUGGUCCGUCCACUGCGAUGGUGAAAGCGCCGUUGACGUCGUCGGUCGAGACCGUGGUGAAGCACCUCAUCGAGAGCUUGCCAGACUCGACGUCUGCGUUGUACGGUCCGUCCGACAUUCAAGCGUUCUUUGGUCGCAUGUUGUCGAAAUCGGAUACAGUCAGCUUCGUCCUGUUCACGUCCAAGAAGGAUACGCCACUUCUUGUCCAGGCCAUUGCCCUCACGUUUCCAACUCACGUUCAAGUCGGCGUGGUUUUCAACCCUGAUCAAGACACCAAGAAGCAAUUUGGCCUUGGCAAACUACCAGCCAUGGUGGCUGUGAUGUCCCCACGAGACCCUUCUGUUCCGCGCGAGCAAUUCUCCAUGACGUUUUACGACAAACAGCUCUUGGGACCUCCGACGUUUGAGAAUGUGCAUCGGUUCGUCGAUCACGUCGUCCAAGCGUACGUUCCAAAACAAGGAGACCCGAACGAACACAGCGCCGACACCGCCACCACCGCCACGGUGCAUUCGGUCACGACCCAGUCCGAGUUUACCAAUGCUUGCACGUCACUGUGUGUGAUUGGUUUGACGCAUGGCGCCGACGACAUCGCGACACAGACCGUGUUGAAGGACGUAGCUGUCCAAAGUGCCGCCAAGAAACACCCGCUCCAGUAUGUGGCUGUGGACGCGGUAUGCCAGCCAGAGUUUGCAUCUGUGUUGGGCGCCGAAUCGUGGCAGAUUCCGGCAAUUGUCAUGUAUUCCCCUGGCAAGCGGCGGUAUGUGCGCCACGUUGGCGGUCUCGACGCAGACGCCACACUCGCAUUUGUGCAGAGUGUGCUAGCCGGCAAGACAGGAACGGCGCCAUUGUCGACGGCGCCGACGUUGGCUACCGAAUGCGCCGCGGUGGUCAAUGACGUCACCGACGCGCCAGUGAUUGACGACGAUGACGAUGGCGAAAUGGAGGCCAUGAUGCGGGAAAUUCGUGAAGAAGAGCAACGUCAAGCAGAAAUGCGGAAACGACAGCUCAAAGAAGAAAUGGAAGCGCGGAAGGCCGCGGAGGACAAAGCAAAAGCCGACGAAGCGGCGAAAGUGACCGAAAAGAAGCCAGCCAAGAAAUCCACGAAGAAGAAAAAGAAGACUGUGAAACCAAGGCCCAAGGACGAGCUGUGAUCAAUCCGCGUCGGCCGGCGAUUUAAAGGGAAACAUGCCGUCAAAAUCCUGUCGUGUUGUGCCGUGUUCAGCUGGCGGUGUUCGACGAGCUAUGCAACUCGUCCUGCCACCAAAAGAUGGGCCAUUCAUGGCACAGCCGUCACUGACUCAGCCACAUGGAUGCUGCGCGAGUGUAAAGGAGCGUGUCUACUAUGCAUGACGAAGGGUGGACGCAUUGGCACGAGUAUCGACCGUAGGCAGCGCAUGCGGCAGAUGGCGUUCCAUACCAACACACGUCGGCGAGUUCAUGAACCGAGUUUCGCUCUCUCCUUGCAUUCGGCGGUCGCCCGACUUGAUGUGGUGGACUCGACGGAGACGGGAGCUUCAGCAGCUAACGUGUGGAGGAUCGCAUCGGUGCUGAAAAACGUAAUUGUGUCGGCGACACGCGUGAGUUGCCUGAGUUAUACAUUUCAUGGCAUGAGUGCGCGAGAAGCAUGCACAUCGAGAGAAUUAGCUGCGUUACCAGCUAUCCGAUAUCCAUGCCGCGCCGCACGAUUCAGUUGCUUGACGAAGCGUACUGUUAUCCAUGGAGCGUCGCGCGGCUGCGGGUCUUGUCGGAUGCGGGGAGGAGCUUGAAGUGGAUGCGACGGGCCUCCAGGAACUUGACGACGGCAGGUUGAUGGUUCAGCACUGCUAAAUCCAACGCGGUGUGGCCGUCGAAUGUGACUGCCGACGCGUCGCUGCCUGCAACAUCAAGCAGCCACGCGACUGCAUCCACGGAGCCACCGUGCGAUGCACAAUGCAAUGGAGUUCGUCCCAUGCCGUCGAUAGCGUGCAUGUCAGCGUUACCGACAUUGCGAAGCAGCUCAAGAAGGCAUGUUGACCCGUUUAAUGCGGCAAAAUGGACCGGUCGGCGCUUGAAACGACGACGCUCGACGCGAUUCGCGUCAGCUCCUGCUGCGAGAAGCACGGCCGCGACAUCGUUGCUGCCGGUAUCGCACGCCCAAUGCAAUGCCGUGAGAGUAUAUUGAUCCUCUUCGUCGACAUCGUGCGUUGCUAGUAGGUCGCGCAGCGCGGCCACGUCAUUCUCCCGCCCGGCAUCGUGCAUCGGGUUCACAUUUGCUUCCAGGUGGAGCGCGUCCAUCGUUUCGUUUUGUCGUUGAAGAGAAUCUGCGAAAUGACAUGAUUGGCGGGAUUCAUUUCGAUUUUGUCCAAUCCGAUUUUAAAAAGAAUUCCUUGAAAAAGCACAAA